AUAAGUAGGUAACCUCAAAUUCAAGUUUAUCAAGAGCUUCAACGAAAAGAACUGAAACCCUCUAAGAAUGUGUGUAUCAAUCAGUGAUUAAAUCUGUAAUAUGAGUUGUCAACUUAGUUCCUUUAAUUCACUUGAAGUAUUCCGGAAAAUUCUAAUCUGUGAUUUUAAUUAAAGUUUUGGCACUGUUUUGUGAAGUGUUACUUAUCCCCUAAAUUCUUAUCGUCCAAGGAUUUCCGUGAUGUUGGAAAAUUUCUACCGAUAAGGGCUCUAGUCUCCACUCGAAACCUUUUCUUUAACUUGCUAUCAGCCCAACUCUCCCAUCUUUCAGAAAUCUGGAUUUAAAAAAUAAACUUUAACCGUGCUCUUUUAAGCUCCACCCUUUGUUGUCAAUGUGGAACUUGUGCUGGCAACCCAGUAAUGAUCAACGAUAAAGAUCAGAACAUUUUUUCUGGCCUCCAGUCAUUUAAAGACGUUUCAAUGGAUGAAACAACUGCAUCUAAAUAUGCUCUACAAGUGGCUUUGCAGACCAUGAAAGAAAGAUGUCAACAAUUACAGAAUCGCUUGACAUCAGUGGAGGAGGAAAAUUUGCGGCUAAAACUCGAGAACCAAAGGUUUACAUCCAGCAAUGAAGAGACACAAACCCGCUCAUCUUUAGAGGAGCAAGUUACUCAGUUGAACAAACAAAAAGCAUCACUUACUCACCACAUUUUCAUGGUUGCAAACGAAAACAAACAGCUAUGGACCAGGCUUUCACAACUAACUGAAGUCAACGAAACACUGGGUGACCACCUCAACAAAAUUUCAGACGCACUGAACAAACACACUUCCUCUGCUCCCAAACCCAACAACUCAUUAAACCUAGUUAACAAAUUGGAUAAAAAAGUCACAGGUGCUCGAGAUGAGAGCUUAGAGGAGAUUUCCCUAAAGAUUUUAAACAGCUUUAAACAAGAGAAGUCUGAUUUGGAGCAACAGUACAAAGAGAUGGUGGAACUUCAAAAAAUUCAGGCUGAACUCUCAUCUUGUGGCGACUUUGAGAGCCCAGUGAGUGAUGUUAGCAGUGAUGCAAUUUUGGCAGAAAUGAAAAACUGCAAGAACCAGUUGAAUAUAAUGGAAAAGACUGUGGUGAAUCAACAAAGGCUUUUACUCUCUGUUCUUGAAAAAAUAAAAAAAAAAGGGGCUCAAUCCAAAGGAAGCUGUCCGGCAUGCAAAGAACGGAAAUCGCAGGAUGUUUCUGCUGCCGUCGAAAUUCCUCUGCAGCACAUGACAGACAAGGAUUUCAUUGAUGAGAGUGGAAUGGUACAAGAUACUGAAAACUCAGGAGCUAGAGUUUGUCCUAUCUGUGCCAGGAUUUUUAAGUGUGUGGAUGAUGAUGGCAAGGACUUUACUAUCUUCCAAGAUCAUGUAAAUGAGCAUUUUAUUGAAGAUGAUGAAAGUGAAGUCACCAGUAUUCUAGACCAGUUUGAGGUGCUUGGACCCCACUAAAUUGUUGUUUCAGUUAAAAUGAUAUCUGCAUUUUUUAAAAUGAUUUUUAUAUUCUACAUCCAAUAGAAUCAUAAUUUUUGUAAAUCUAAUUGUUAUUUUAUUUACGCAGUGUGUAGCAAUCACUUAACAAUUGCAGUAUGGAAGAGAGAGAAUUCAUUCAAACAGUAAUUGAUCACUCUUCAGUGAUGAGGUAAUUGAAAAUUCUCAGAGAAUGUUGAAGUAUUCUAAUAAUGAUGUUAAUAGUUUAGAUUAGUAUAACCUUUACAGUCCCCUAGUUUUAUAGAUGUAUUUUAUAAUUCGACCAUUUCGAUAGGUGAAUCUGUCAGUUUGGGAAUGAUCCAUCUUCUUUUCCUCAACCUUCAUUUAUCUUUCUUCACUGCAGGUCAUAUUAAUCGUUGAUCCUUAAACGUUAAGGCUUCCUUAACCCACACAAAUCACAUAGAUUAAGGUGACCUCAACGUUUACGGAACAUCUAUGAAUACCACUCCAAGUAUGUCCUAUAUUUUUACCUCUCAGAAAAAAUACUUGUGAGAUGCUAAGGAUUAUUUUUGAUGGAAAAAAGGAAAAUAGGACAGUUCAUGGUCACAAGAGAAGAUAUGAAAGAGAAUUUUAAAAAAGGAGAUGGGUCGUUUUUGAACCGAUAGAUUCAAUUAAUUUAUUUUUUCAAUCUGUGAUGAUAAAAAUGUGAAUGAAUGUAAAAAUUCAGGAGAUUUAAUUUUUUGUUAUUAAAGUAUUCGCUGUGCCUUUCUAUUAAUGUGUUUUAAGUACAUUCCACAUACCCA